CUUUACAAGCCCCAGCAAGCAGCUGAGCUGCACAGGUCAUGUCAUCAUCCAUUGCCUUACUGGACAGCUAUCCGUUCGCUGAGCUGGCGGAUGAGCGCACACAAUCUUGGCCAUUGGUAGCAUCACCUUGGCAUGCUGCCUUGCUGUUGGCCUUGUACUUGCUGCUGCUGCACUUUGCGCCCAAAUGGAUGGCCAGUCGCAAGGCAUUUCAGUUGCGCCUUCCAUUGUUCGGCUACAAUUUGUUCAUGGCCUUGCUGAAUGGUUAUAUUUGCCUGCAGCUCUACACUACAUCGCGUGCCCUCAACUAUAGCGUACAGUGUCAGCCUUGUCAAGUGAGCUAUGAUCCGCUUGAAAUUCGCCUUGCGUCCGCUUUUUGGUGGUUCUAUAUAUCAAAGAUUUUGGAAUUUACGGAUACUAUCUUCUUCAUAUUGCGCAAGAAGUGGUCCCAAUUGACAUUCUUGCAUGUCUAUCAUCACAGCAGCAUGUUUGUCAUAUGCUGGAUAGUAAUCAAAUGGAUACCCACUGGCUCAACCUUUGUGCCGGCUCUGAUGAAUUCCUUUGUGCACAUCGUUAUGUACGGAUAUUACUCACUGAGCGCUCUGGGACCUCGUUUACACCCGUAUCUAUGGUGGAAACGUUAUUUAACAGCGCUGCAGCUGUUGCAAUUUGCAUUGGGUCUGGCUUGGGGCGCUCAGGCAAUUGUAAGCAGAUGUGAAUACCAGCCUUGGCUCAGUUAUACGGGAGUUGCUUACAUGCUGUCAUUUCUUUUUCUUUUCGGUCGCUUCUAUACACAAAAAUAUACGAAAUGCAGUUAA